AUGUCGCAGAACAGCAAGGCCAACACCAUCACCGUCACACUGCGUGAUGUGGCCAAGAUGAUAGACCACUCACUGCUGCACCCGACGAUGACUGACGCCGACAUCCUCGACGGGCUGCGCAUCGCAAAGAAGUACAACACAGCCACGGCCUGCAUCAAGCCGUACUCCAUCCCCCUCGCCAAGAGGGAGCUCGAGGGCACCGGAGUGCUGAUCUGCCCCGUCCUCGGCUUCCCCCACGGCAACAGCACCACCGAGGUCAAGGUGUUCGAGGCCGACGCGGCGGCGGCGGCCGGGGGUCAGGAGAUCGACAUGGUCAUCAACAUCGGCAAGGCCCUGGGCGGCGACUGGGACUACGUGUCGGACGAGAUCCGGCAGGUCAACGACGCCGUGACCGGGCGCGGCGCGGCGCUCAAGGUCAUCUUCGAGAACGACUUCCUGCAGGAAGGCCACAUCAUCAAACUGUGCGAGAUCUGCUCGGACGUCGGCGUGGCCUUUGUCAAGACGUCGACGGGCUACGGGUUCGUGAAGCAGGACAACGGCAUGUACACGUACAAGGGGGCGACGGUGCCGCACCUCAAGCUCAUGAGGCAGUCCUGCAAGCCCCGGGUGCAGAUCAAGGCGGCGGGCGGGGUGCGGACGCUGGACGACCUCCUCUAUGUGAUGUCUCUCGGGGUGACCCGGAUCGGCGCGACGGCCACCGUGGCCAUCAUGGAGGAGGCUGUUAGGAGGGGUAUCUCGGACCAGCCAGCGGAGGUGGCUUUUACACCUAUCAAAGGGUCGGAUGGAGGCGCUUAUUGA